CAGCUUCGUUCCGUUAUGUUGGCAACGGACGUCGUUGUCAAUAUAAAUACUUUUCAACUGGCUGACAAUUCUUUUAUUCCUGUCUUUUUUGCUCGAUAUCCAAAACUACCAGUGCACCAAAUUGAAAUUGGAAUUUUUCGGUUAGGAAUUUGCGGGAUCCACGGGAAAUUGGGCACAGUUUUCUGCGGAAAGUUGCUGAUUUUACUAGUGCGGAGGCAUCCGAGCGGCGCCGAGCGACACCAACGAUCAGCAGCCAUCAGUGUGCCCUCUCACAAACAACAAGCAUCGGCCCUUAAUUUGAGGCCAUACGCUAUAAUAGAAAUAAGUGCCUGGACCGAGAGGGAUUUCUAGGCAGCUGUAGUAAACUCACCACGACGGAG